AAAGGACACGAAGUAAUAGUCGAGCAUCCCAGCGAUUCACGAAGGAGUUAAGGCGCAAGACGCAACCCCCCACGUCCCAAUCCGUGAUUUGCGAUAGGCUAUUGUGGGUCCGCCCACGUACCUACUCAAAAGAACUGGAAAAUGAAAGGAAUGGAUCAGAAACUCUUGUAUGCUUUCCGUGGCUGGAUAGCAUUUAUUGCUUUCAUGGACAUGGGCACUGCUGUAAGGUGUCUAAUUGAAAAACGAUCAAUUCUUGGGGAGCAUUCCUUUACAAAGAUUGACAAUUUAACCCAGCAACGGGACGAUUCUACCCUCCCAAGGAUCUUAGGGGCUUACUCCGUUCUGAAAGCCUUGGCACUUAUUCACUGUACAUUGUACAUUCAUUACAAACCUGUUGUGAGCAUGGGCAUUUGUUCUCUUGUUCUUACCCUCCUUGUUUACAUCUCUGAAGCCCUGUACUAUCAAUCCACAACAUUUAACUUCUAUGUACUUUUUCCAUGUGUUAUAAAUGCAUUAACUCUUCUAGGGCUCUGGUUUUUGCCUCGUCGUCUACUUGAAACUGAGCCAGUUACCACAGAUGAAAAUGCAGAACUUCUCCGAAUGGCUGGUGGUAUGAGGAGGAGACGACCACACAAAGUGAAGGAUAAUUAAUCUCCUUACCCCUCAAAGACAUCAGUAUAUAUACUGAUUACUUUAACACAAAUAUUGCAAUUGUGUUAAUACAUUACUUUGACAUGUUUUCCUAGUUUUUCUAGUCUGUUCCUAGUCAGAACUAACCACCUAUAACUUAUAGACAUAGAAGUUUUUGUUAUGUUCCCUUUUGAUCGGUCUUAAUAUUUCUUCAUCUAAACUUAGUUAUUCGUAGAAAUGUUUCUAACAGUAAUUUUCUUUUAAGCCUUUAAUUUUCUUGUCGAGUUUUUAUUUUGUACUUUUUGGGAGGUUUGUGGUUUUAUUACUCUUUUAUUUAAAUUAUUGAGUGCUUUUAUUGUUACAUCAUCAAUUUAAAAUGUUAAACAAUUCCAUUUUUCUAGCUUUACUAUCUUGCAUUUGUGAAUAAGUGUUUCUUUUCUGUAAGUGAUAGCACAUAUCAAGAGUUAAGGUGCAGAAAUAUAGCAGGAAUGAGGCGACGUUAAAGUUUGUUGAGCUAAAAAAAAAUUGUAGCAUGGACCAAUUUUUGAAUGAUUUUGUACCAAAGUUGUGUAAGAAGUUCACAUCCCCUCACGCUGACAAAUUUCGUAGUCCUGUAUGUUUUUAACAAGCUGUUGUGCUUAUGUGAAGAUGAAUUCAUCAAGUUAAGUCUCAUACAUAGUUAUGACUGCAUUGUUAUCCUGUUGUCAGAUUGGACAGCUAUAUUUUAACUAUUAUUUGAUAUUUGUUCAUUAAUGGACAUCCUUAUGCUAAGGCUGAUUGAAUUCUAAUAGGUGUUCAUUUUACUUAAAAGUGAUGUGUUAUUUGCUUAGAAUAGUGGGCAUUCUUGUGAUUUCUGCUCAAGUUUACAAUUUUCUUCUAGUCAUAGAAGUUUGCAAGCAAUAAUACUUAGUAAUUAAAUGAAUGCAAUUUGUAGUCAAGCCAUACUAAUUACAUUUCUGAUUGGAAUGCAUCCUGUGAUAGAUCAUGCUCAUGUUAAUGUAGAGUAGUCUGAGUAAUGUAGAAAGAUUAGUUGUUUCCGAUGAAACAUAAUUAGUUAGGAAGGUAGAAUUCAUGAGCAUUCUAUUCUGAAGGGUAUUAGCUAAUACACUAUAAUAUAAGAACGUCCACAUGUCCCAUUUGCUGUUCAUGUUCAGAUGCCUGUACUACAGGGUAAAGGAAUGAGGUGACUGAAUUAAAUUACUUGUCAGGGAAUUCUGUUACAAAGACCAAUGAACAAACUUUGCCUUGUAAGGCCUUGUCGAAUGAUAGAGCUGAUUCUUUUGCAAUGUUUAUGCCGGACUAACAGUCAACUAGUUUGUUUACCGUCAUUUCAUUCUAUCUAUCUUCUAACAUUAUUCUGGCAAACAUAACACAUUAUAUUUUCAAAUAUGAGUCAUGUAUAGAGAAUGGUUUCUAGUCUCACUGAUUUCUCACUCUUUCAUGUAACUUUUUUCUUCUUUUGUUGAUUGGAUGAGUUUUUACUUGAACUCCCAAAAUCUCAGUUGAUCUCAUACCUUCAUAUAUGUACUGGCAAAACCAGUUGUGUUGCUACCUUAAUUUUAAUUAACCGCUCAAGUAUACAGCCUGAGCGAAUUUCACCUAAAAUGUGAUUUAAACAGUUGAAAUAUUUUUCUUCUUGAUUUUUCUUUUCUGUAUCUCAAGCACAAGCUCCCUACUUUGUUAACAAAUUAGAAGAAAUGAAUAAACUCAAAAUCUGUAACAAACAA